UACGUUUAAAACAAGAUAUAACAACAUUUCAUACAUUUGCCAGUUACGAUAAUAAAACAAACAUUCAAUCAAUCAUUAAAUUUAACAUUUAUCCUUUAAAACAUACUAUCUUUUUUAUUUAAAUGUAAUCGAAAAACAAAUACUUCCUUACCGUAUCACUUGACUUGUCUGUAUAAAUGGCGUAAUUAGUUAAAGGGAAGUAACUGUGCAAAAAUUAAAUAAACUUACUAUAAAUAUCGGAAUAUCGAUAUUUUUAGCGCCAACGUGUCAUAUUCAACAAUUCUUACUGAACAUUCUGUAAAACAAAUUAAUCUCGGCAAGGAGCGCUUUUAGGCUUUGAUUGUUACUCUAAGCAUUAUUGAUUUAAUAAAAUCGAUAGAAUCAAUUAUUAAUAAUGCAAAUAUCAAGGGAAGUCACUCGGUAUGGCAAAAGGAGGGAUGCAAUCAAGAAAUGUGAGGAAUUAUUUACCAUCUUAGGAAAUACAUUUGUAUACCUAAUCUCUUCACGGAAAUACAGGAGUGUAGUUGUGCCUUAACUCUACAAAUAUGAAUAACUCACUGGACAGGUCCAGUGAGAGAAGUGAUCGGAGGAAUCUGACCAUGUCAACAAGUGUCCGACGCCUCCAGGAUGCAAUCAAUAUGCAUCUUGAUGUGUCACAAAAAGCAGACUUUGUUGACAUCCUCAAUGAGUUUCAGAUAAACAGAGACAUGGCAAAGUUUGUACGCAGUCUCAAGAUCCUACUUGACACUCCAGCAAAAACCCAGCUUUUAGCACUGAUUAAAAAGGUCAUACCUAAAACAGACGUUGAAGAAUUUGAACAUUGUGUUAAAGGUAGAGCAAAAAAGUUUGACACUAUGCCUGUUAAACUAGCCAAAAAUCAAAGGUCGAGACCGCCACUAUCAACUGCAGGGACAAACCUGCAGACAGACACUCUGCUGUCGUCCAAGAAACAAAAAAAGCGGAAAAAUAUCAAAAGCAAAGAGGAAAAUCAAAGCAGUAGUUCAAAAAACACCAGUGUCGGAACAUUGAGAGAAAAAUCAAAAUAUUCGUUAGGUUCAGUUAGAAGUGAAGGGAAUAAUAUAAAACAUAUACAUAUAGAACUGUCUGGUGACAGGAAUGAGGGUUUUGGUUUCAGUAUCCGUGGAGGAUCUGAGUUCGGCAUUGGGAUUUAUGUUUCAAUGAUAGACAAAGGUGGCAUGGCAGAGAGAAAGGGGUUAAUGCCUGGUGAUUUGCUGAUGGAAGUUAACAAUAUCUCCUUUGUUAACAUUUCACAUGAUGAUGCAGCAAAGUACAUUCAAUCAUGUGAUAAACUUGAAAUGAUGAUUUCACGCGUUGGUCGUAUUCCCGGGUCAUUCACGGUGCAUCAGAUGUAUAAAUGGGUCAAUGGAUCUGGACGUCCGGUCUCCCCGCCACCAGAACUAGAACAACUUGGAAAAGUUGACUCUGUUGGUAGAAAGUCAGGAUUUUCUCUACUAGGAGGUCCUGAUGAGAGAAAGAUCAAUAUAACAGUAGGGAAUGGUGAGAGCCUGGGAAUCAUGAUACGAGGGGGUCGGGAGUUUGGACUGGGUAUUUAUAUAUCUGGUGUAGAUACUCAUUCACUAGCAGAGGAAGCUGGAAUGAAGAUCGGUGACCAGAUAUUGGAUGUAAAUGAGAGAAGUUUUUUGGACAUAACUCAUGCAGAAGCUGUGGGUGUUUUGAAGACAUCAAAAUACCUUAUGUUUACUACUAAAGAUGUUGGCAAGCUACCAUUUGCAAGGACAAAAAUUGAUCAAACAAGUUGGAUGAGUAAAAAUCAGCAAAGGAAAGGCCGUCAAAGAACAGAAAGCCAAUCUACAGAUAGUAUGUUGACAGAGGCAAGUUCAAAGAAUUCUGUGUUUAGGAAAGGUAUUGGUUCACAACUGAUGUAUAAUACAUCAAUUAGUACAAAGUGGGAUUUAAUAGAGAAACAAGCAUUACAGUUAUUAAAUGAUACGGAGCAAGGGACGUUACGAUAUUACCUCAGUGAGUAUCAGGCAGGGUUCAUCACAGUAGAUGGUUUGGCCAUGGCUUCCUUUGAACUACUCAAUACUAAAGCUAAGAUGACCUUGAUGAAGGAGAUAAGGAACUGGGUUCAAGGUCGUGACCUUGACAAAUUUGAUAUGUUGCUGAAACGAAGACAGGCCCUGCAGAGGCAGGAAUUUAAAGUCCACCAGAAACAAGGGUUUAGUCCUCACAGUUUUAGCACGUACUCACUGGACGGACAUGACCAGGGGAUAUCUGAUAGAUUACGCCAUCCGUACAAGGCAAUGUCUGCCCCUGCAUCGAGAGCAUCUACGUUACGGGAGAGAUCCGGUCGUGUACAUAAACAAGUGGCAGAGUGGGAGCUUGAACCAUUACGUCAAGCUAUUGAACAAAUAGAUGACCAUAUACAAUCUGACAACCCACGCAAGCCAUCUAGAAAGAAGUCAGCUUUACAAAGGUCUACAUCUACAGAGUUCAUACAUUCGCCACCCCCAAACCUUCUGAAAACAUCUCUGUCAUCAAGACGCUCUAUGUCGCAAGAAACUUUGAUACCUGUCUAUAUAGACACAACAUCAGAUCUGUCACCUUCACCCUCACCAGUCCACCGACCUUACAACCAGACGACAUCGCGACCAAGGUCAAACAGCUCUUCACAAAGACGUAAAUCGGGCAAUUCGUACUCACAUCGUCAGAGGUCUGGGAGUAAUAGCUCUUCAUUAAGGAGGAGGUAUAGGUCGGUGGAAGAUGUAAGGUCACCUAAAAGUAAACAUUCUGUAGCAGACAGUGCGAGUUUGUCGAGCCAGUCUUAUAUCAACUUGACAAGGGCAGAUAACCGCUAUAAUUCGUCACAUGCUUUACAUACCAUAGAGGCGGACAUUCACACCCCACCCACAUUUCAUUCACAUCAUGCAGACGGGUCACCUAGUGAUGACAGUGGUGUUGAUAGUGGUGGACUGAACGUCAAUGAUCCCGCUAACAGAAUAUACAGCAGUAAUUUCUCAAUGAGACAAAAAAGGGUCACAAUAUCAUCUGAUAACCCUGUAAAUAUCAAUGAUGUCCUGCACAAUCGUUCCUUCGUUAAACCAUCAUCACGUGAUAGCAGUAACCAUAGCAAUCAUUCAACAUUAACCAAUCGUAGUACACGCUCACAUCAAAGCAUCGCAACACUAAAUAAUCAUAGACAAAGAAAUGAUGACAACAUAAGUGCUACAUCCUCGCCAAAAAAUUUUCCAUCCCAUAGAAACAUUAGUUUGCACCCGCCCGUGGAAAUCCGAAUAAAUGAUGGAAACGGUUCCAUAGACACCAUGAGUCUCGAUAGCCAGUCCUCGCCACAGUUUAUGAACGCUUUACGAAAAAGACGUGGCAGAUCUUUAAGAGGAAGUAUGAUCGAGUCAGAUGAUGAUGAAGAUGAUGAUGUUGAUGAUGAUGUUGAUGAUGACCAAGACACACUAGAGAUAAGUUCCGAUGUUGGGGAUCAUACAGACUUCUAUGUGAGUUCAUUGGACAAAGUCUUGGACUAUGAGGCUUCACAUAGUAAUUCGGAAUCUCGACAAAUAAAAGAUGCUAAGAAAAAGUAUGGUGAGGUACCAUUGUAUAUUAUACCUGUGUAUAAAACUAAACCUACAUUAGGUAUGGCUAUAGAGGGUGGGGCAAACACCAGACAGCCAGUCCCCAGGGUCAUCAGUUUACAGCCUGGUGGCUCAGCAUAUGAAUCAGGUGGUCUGAAAGUUGGUCACAUGAUCUUGGAAGUGAACGGCAAGAGUUUAAUAGGACUUGAACAUAUCACCGCAGCUAAGACCGUUGCAGAGGCUUUUAAAAAUAGCAGUUACGAUUACAUGGAGCUACUUGUUACAGAUUCUGAUGUCAAAAUUAAAUUACCUUAGCCUAAUCAGGGAUAAAUUACAUAAUUUAAUAUGUUUGCAAACCUGUAUCAUUUAUAAUAUAUUUUUUGAUGAGAGCUUAUUUGCCGUGUAUAUUUUGGCCAAUUUAAUGGUGUUCCAAUAGUUUGCACAUUGUCCAUAAGUUUUUUAAAUAUUGAUUACAAGAGGUAUCAUUUAGAUAUUUUUAUAAAAUGUUUCGUCAAGAAAAAAUGUUAGUAGUCAUUUAUAUAUUAAAAAAUAUAGUGUGUUCUAGAACAAUUUCGGCUAUAUAUAAAUAUGUAAUAUUGGAUCAUGUAUCUCACACUUGCCAACAAUAUCCAUAAAUAAUUCUUUCACAAUUAAAUUUCAUGUCAUAUAUGAUACUAAAUACUAUCUGGGACUUAAAAGGCAUUGCCAUAAGUCCUAGAUCAUGUAGAUACUAUCAACAUGAUUAUUUACGGUGUAACAGACCUUUAGUUAUAGACCAAUUCACUUUAAUUAAUGAGUGACAAUGAGGUUCAAAAGCCAAGAAACAUAAAAAAAAAUAAUUCUUGCAAUGAUCAGCUGGGUUACUUAAAACAGAAAGAUACGCAAAUGAUAAUUAUGAAAUAUAAUCAGAAAUACAUUAAAUAUCAUAUUCUUUUGCUAUUAGCCUGAUUUGAGUGAAAGAAACACUUUUCAAUGUUUGGUGAUUUUUCACAAUUAGAAUAAUUAUUCUAGAAAAAUGGAGCAACUGAAUGACCUGGUAUUUUGCAUACAAGUUCAUCAGUCUAGACAUCGUGACAUGUAUCUAAUGGGACAUAAAUCUCAAAAUUAUUUCCAGUCCCGUCAUGUCCAAAUAACCUAAGAUGAGUUCCUUUAAAGAUGAGUGUAUAAGAAUAAGUUAUCAUCAUGUAAUGUAUGAGAUGACCACUAUAAUAAAGUAUAUAGAUGUUCAUGUUGGCCUGGUUUAUAUAAGGUCAUGUGACUGUGUAUUUUCUUGGAAAAAAUCCCAUGUAAAAUCCCAUAAUUUUUUAUGAAGCUUUUAAGUCGCCCAAUGCCUGCCAGGCAUUUCUUAUGAUAUUAAUUUAAUUAUGAACUUUGUUAAUCGCAUAAAUCGUGAGCUGUUUAUGAACUGUAACUAUCUUAUGUAGAUGAACUUUUUACUGUGGUUCAUUUUGUAAACAAUGGAAUUGAUUUAGAAAAUGAUGAACGUCCUUGUAUAAAGUAAUUAAAGUGGAUUGGUCUGCAAUAGGCAAUGUAUCAUUUGAAUAUUCUCAUUU